CUUGUCCGCGCCUGCGUCCCCAAUCGUGUCGCGCCUUGUUCACCUCGCUGAUUUGCGCCCGCUUCAUCACGCUCGGGCCGAAAGAGAGGAGCAACAUGACCUCGUGGGGAGGAUGUGAGGGGAGCAGAGGAACAGUGGAGAGGAAAGCGGUGUCGAGAGCUCAUCCGUCUAUCAUUCCGGCCCUUGUUCCUUUUUGCCCAAGACGAUGCGCGUCGGAACGGGCCCGCACACUUAUGGAGCGGUAGGCUGGUUUGCAAAGAGAUGAGGGAGGGAUCGGUGCGCUGCUCUGAGCAGCUCAUAUAGAGAAGGACAAAAUUCGAAGAUAAUUGCUACGUUGCACGCUCCUGGCUCGUGUCCCACACAUCUUAAGCUUCGCCCUCGCCCUCUACUCUCCCCUUGUUCAGCCAGCUUCGCGAUGACCAAGUCAAGCAAAGACCACAUGGCUCCACCCAAGGCACGACAGCUCAUAGAUCCCGGCGCCGUAAUCUUGUGCCUGACCGUGGCAGCGGCGACAAAAGCAUCGUACCGGCGUGUGCCUCCCACGGCCAUGGCCGUCGGUCUGACUUUAGCCAUUGCGCCUCUGGUGCCUCUGGCGAAUAGCUCACUACAGAGAGUUCCGAAUCUAAUGCAGCUCUCUCUCGUGCAACGAGGGAAGCGGACACUCGCUGCCUUCGCCCGCAAGCUGCCGCGGUACAUCGCAAACGAGCUCGUGACAAUGCUCCCCAAUCUGGCACUCUGGCUCGUCUCCUCGGUGAUCGCAGCCUCGGUACUUCCAGCUACACACUUCAUGCUGGGCAUCGUAGCUGUGAGCGGUCCUGCUCCCCUGAAGGGUGUGGCGCACCCUGUCAAACCAAUAUUCCACGGGUUCGGCAGCGUCUGGGCUCCUUUUGCCUGUCUCGCCGUGACGGCUCUAGGAGACUCGUGGAGGCUGCCGCUUCGUCGCAACUUCCAAGCUUGGUACCUUGCAAAGACACGCAAGGAGGUGAAGCACGUUCCUGUCACGCCUGCGCAGAAGGCGAAGUCGCUGGCUGAAGCCCGGCAAGCAGCGACCUUUAGCCUCAUCACUCGUGCCGGAUUAUACUAUGGCCUCAGGAACCUCGUAAGACUCGCCUGGGCACCGUCCCGCAUCCUGCUCCGGAGAGCCUUGACUCUGCACCCCGCUAUGCCCUUCAACCCGGAUUACUGGCAGAUGCUGGAAUGCUUCCUGGCACUUCAGUAUCAGCUAACAGCGCUGAUGCAGUGCUUUUGGUACGCAAUGAGUGUCUGUGCAAGAGUCGCUCUGCCGGCUUUGGAGGACCAGUGGGGGUUUAUGGAAGCUCAAUUGCUCAACCAGCGUCUGGCAAUUUUGGUCGAUAGUGAUGUUGAUGAGGAGCAGGUUCUGAGUGACUACCUCAAAGCUAGUGAAGUCGAUGUUGCAGAACGUCCGAAUGUGGCAGGUCCAUCGAGGUCUGCUCCACAACCCGUCCCUGUCAUCCCAUCGGGGACUGAGGCUACUGCUUCCCCACAGCCAAGUCCACUCGUAUGCCCCACAUCAGUCCCCACUCAGUCAGCCUUAACAAGCAAGCCACAUCUCCCAGCAAGCUCAGGUUUUGAGCUAUCGCCCAGUCAGCGAGUGGCAUUGGCGGCGCAGAGAGCUGCCAAGAAGGCUGCGGAAGACUCGAGGAGGAUCAUCAGCGAGAUGAAGUGUCGUUCCAGCAACAGUCAGCCCGCCAAAAGCUCUCGCGUGAGAACUAGCGACCUGGCGACAACCAGCACCGGCUCGGAGAUUGCUCUUGGCAAGGGUCUUGACCGCUCUCCUUUGCCCAAGCAUAAGGACCCCAAAGGCAAGACGCGCGAGAUGCAGCCCCAAGAGGCCGCUGAGUGCAAAUACGACCAGUCUGACAGCCGCGGGCUUGGAAGCUUCGGUGGAGAGGGAGGGACAGGGUCUUAUUGUGUCAUCGAAGAGAGCACGCUCUGUCUGCCUGGACAGGCCAUAGAGACAGCAGCCUCGGAACCAGAGCCCCAGACAGAAGUAGAGGUAAAGACAGAGGCUCGGGCAGAGGGGCAGCCUGAGACCACAGGCACUGCAGGCGAGUCUAGUCAAGAAGGCCUGACUCGUGUCUCCUCGUCGAGCAGUCUCCCCUCGUCGUCCUCCUCUGCGAGUGCUGCACCCGCCGACUCUACAUCUUCGCCAACUCGCAGGGACAGGCAUCUGCAUCGCUCCUCGCCUUCUUCGGAUACCUCUCAGUUCCGCAACAUCGACAGCUUCAUGGACCUCAACCUAGAGUACGCUACGCUGCGCGCUCGUCCUAGAGAUAGCAACAGUGGAGUACAGCAACCUGCUGGGUCUACCUCGGCCUCCGUAUCGUCUUCCGGCUCGGCAGCUGAUGGUGGCGCCUCGGGGAGUUAUGAUCGGGAGAAGAGGAGGUACCUGCAGGGUGCGAGAGGGUCGCUUGCCCGUCCGUCUCAGUGGUGAAGGUCAGAUGAGGGUAGAGGGGAGCAGAGAGCUGAGCACUACUAUCUGCACUUCAUCCCACACUCUUGCGAACAAAUGGAAUAAUGUAUAUACAGCUCUGAGGUUCUGACCUUCACAACAGUCGUGAUGAGCUUGUCAUGGCGUAAUAUACAUUCGAGGGGUUGCUUAAAGCAGGGCUCGAAAAGACACGUCGGGAGAGCCACCCGCUUCUUCCUGUCUCACUUAGAGCUUCGCCAGCCUCGUAGCUCCAUCCAA